AUGGCGUCCUCCUUCCCCCCUCCGCCCGUCAGCUCUAUCGACUGGUCCAAUGUCGGCUUCCAAGUGCGCGACGUAAACGGCCACGUCGAGUGCACCUUCUCCCACAGCAAUGGCGGCACCUGGACGGCCCCGAAGUUCGUGCGCUCCCCUUACCUCUCCAUCCACGGCAUGGCGCCCGGCCUCAACUAUGGCCAACAAGCCUACGAGGGCCUCAAAGCCUUCCGCCAGGCCAACGGUUCCAUCACCAUCUUCCGGCCCGACCGCAACGCCGCCCGCAUGCGCCGCUCCGCCGAGUGCAUCUCCGUGCCGCCCGUCCCGGAAGCGCUCUUCGUCGAGGCCGUCAAGCUGGCCGUCGCCGCGAACGCCGAGUUCGUGCCGCCGCACGAGACCGGCGCGGCCAUGUACAUCCGGCCGCUGGUGUUCGGGUCGUCGGCGCAGCUGGGGCUGACGGCUCCGGACGGGUACACAUUUGUGGUGUUUGUGAUGCCGACGGGCGUGUACCACGGGGUGCACGCGGUCGACGCGCUGAUCCUCGAGGAUUUCGACCGCGCCGCGCCGAAGGGCACCGGGGCAGCCAAGGUGGGUGGGAACUAUGCGCCGGUGCUGCGGCAUAGCGCGCGCGCCGCGGCGGAGGGGUUCGGCAUCACGCUGCAUCUGGAUAGUCGGACGCGCGAGGAGAUUGACGAGUUCUCGACGUCGGCGUUUAUCGGAGUGCGCAAGGACGCCGCGUCGGGGAAGGUGACGCUCGUGCAGCCCGAUAGCCAGAAUGUCAUUGACUCGGUGACGGCCGCGUCGGUGUGUGAGAUUGGCCAGCGGCUGUUUGGAUUUGGGUAUGAGCGUCGUCGCAUUGCGUAUGAGGAGAUUCCGCUGUUUGAUGAGGUUAUCGCCGCUGGUACGGCUGCCGCGUUGGUACCCAUCCGUAGUGUGACGAUGCGGUCGCGCAAUGACAAGUUCACGUUCUCGGCUGGCGAGGACGGGCAGAGCGGUGGGGAGGUUUGUGUCAAGCUCUUGCAAGCCCUCAAGGGGAUUCAAUCCGGCAAGGUGGAGGAUACGUUCGGAUGGAAUGUUGUGGUGGAAGCGCCGCCAGCCGACUGGGUCAACGAUGCUUGA